AUGAAAUCUGUACCAACUUUUCUUGUUGCCCUAGCCGGUCUGGCGCAACUAGCGACUGCGCAGAGCGUUGUCGGCAAAGCUGAGGGUUUCGCCGCUGGGGUUACUGGUGGAGGCAACGCGACACCCGACCAUCCUGAAACGAUCGAGGAAUUGACCGAUCUUCUGACUGAUGACAAGCCUCGAGUCAUUGUUUUGUCCAAGGAGUUCGAUUACACCGACUCCGAGGGUGACGAGACCGGCACUGUUUGCCACAACUGGGGUGAUGAAGAAGGCAAGCAGAAGAUCAUUGCGGACAAUGGAGACUGUGGCGACACUUCUAGCUCCCAGGCUACUUGGCCCAAGGCACCCAGGACUCCUAUCGACCUUGGUUCGGAUAAGACUGUUCUUGGUGUUGGUGACAAGGCCGCCAUCAAGGGCAAGGGUCUGAGAAUUCGUGGCGGUGCUAGGAAUGUCAUCAUUCAGAACAUCGCCAUUACGGAUCUUAACCCCGAGUACGUUUGGGGAGGAGACAUCCUUUCUUUCGAUGAGGCUGAGCUGGUUUGGGUCGACCACGUCACUACUGCUCGACCUGGCCGACAGCACUACGUCUUCGGCCACAGCCCCAGCAAGAAGAUUACCCUCUCGAACAACUUCAUUAACGGCGAAUCUCCCUUCUCCACUGGCGGCGAUGGUUACCACUACUGGACCUUCGAGAUGGUCGGCGAAGAUGAUCAGAUCACCAUGAAGAACAACUAUAUCUACCGCACCGCCGGCCGCAGCCCCGCUUUGAGUGAAAACACUCUUCUUCACGCUGUCAACAAUGUCUGGGAGGACAACAAUGGCCACGCCAUUGAGGGAGGCUCGGACAAAGCCCGUGGCAUCUUCGAAGGCAACGCCUUCAUCAAUGUCAAGCAGCUCGUUGCGGACUAUUCUGGAAGACUCUUCACCACUCCGAACAGCGGCUCCGCCGCGGAAUGUGAGCUUGCCUUUGGCCGGGCUUGCGAAAUCAACCUGUUUGAAGAGUCCAAGGGCGACUGGGAGUUUACUGAUACUUCUUUCUUCUCUGAGUACUCCGAGUAUGAGAUUGCUUCCGCUGUUUCGGCUGAGGAGGCUAAGAAGUCUGUCCCUGCGAAUGCUGGCGCUGGUAAGAUUGAUACAUCUGGAAGUUCCAACGGUGCCAGCCAGAGUCAGACUGCAGAGUCUUCUGAUGAGAGUGAGGCUGCCGACUCAGAGGAGAAGCCUAAGUCCCGAAAGUCAGCUUGCAAAGGAUAG